AUGGCUAAAGAGGAAGCUCUAAGUAGUAGGCGGACUGCAAUGACGGAACUAGACAAGCUGAAGAAAGAACUAGCCUCAGUGACAGACCAACUGUGUGAAGCAAACCAUAGGCUGCAACAGUCUUCUUCAAACCUCUCUCUGCUUCAGUCCAAGGCUGACUUAAACGGGAAGUCCACUUCUGCAGAGGUGCAGGCUCUACAAUCCGUGAUCCAGGCUAUGACCAGUCACUUGGAAUCCCUCAAACGAGAGCUUGCUGACGCCAAAAAUGAAGCCUGGAGUGCGCAAUCAAGUCUGGCUAAUAUUCGGGGCUCUUUGCGUGGCCUUUUGGAAAGGCAUCGCAUGUUCAGUGAACUGGACUACACGAGCGAAGCAGUCGGUGGCGUGGACAGCCGCGAGUUGGAGAAGCUUCUUGCAGACAGGACCGAAGAAUCGCUAAUGCACAGCAAGUAA